AUGACUACCCAGAAGGCCGUUGUCAUCACUUCUCCAAAACAGGAGGGUCUGGUUAACAACAGGCCUAUUCCUGUUCUCCGCGAUGAUUAUAUCCUAGUCAAGACUGUCGCCGUCGCUCUCAACCCUACUGACUGGAAACAUAUUGCUUUCCUCGCGCCUCAAGGCGUUCUAGUGGGAUGUGACUAUGCUGGUAUCGUUGAGGAAGUGGGAAAGAACGUCAAAAAGCCAUUCAAGAAGGGCGACCGCGUCUGUGGCUUCGUACACGGCGCCAAUGCUGUGCAGCCUGAAGAUGGGGCCUUUGCCGAGUACAUCGUUGCCAAGGGAGAUAUCCAAAUGCAUAUCCCGAGCAACCUCAGCUUCCAGGAAGCGGCAACCCUUGGGGUGGGCAUUACUACAGUGGGUCAGGCCCUGUAUCAAAGCUUGAAACUUGCACUGCCUACCGAGCCCAUCAAAAAGCCGGUUCCCAUCCUCAUCUAUGGCGGUUCAACAGCCACCGGAACGCUAGCUAUUCAAUUCGCCAAGUUGUCAGGCUACACGGUUCUUACUACCUGUUCGCCGCAUAAUUUCGAUCUGGUUAGGAGCCUCGGUGCGGAUGCUGUUUUCGACUACAAGGACCCGAACUCCGCCAAAGAAAUCCGCACUUACACUAAGAACGACUUGAAAUUGGUCCUGGAUACCAUUUCACUAGAUAGCAGCGCUCAGUACUGCGACAAUGCCAUCUCUACUGAGGGCGGAGAGUACAGUGCUCUUCUAACGGUCAAAAUUGAGCGUGCUAACGUUAAUGACCGCUUAACCCUCGCCUAUACUGCUAUGGGCGAAGGCUUCAAGUUUGGCGACACAACAAUUCCUGCGAAGCCUGAAGACAAGGCUCAUGCUGAGAUGUUCUGGGCGAUCGCUGAGCAGUUGCUGGCCGCGGGCAAGAUCAAAGUUCACACCCCGAAGGUAAACCCUGGCGGGUUGAAGGGCGUCUUGGAGGGAAUGAAGCUUAUGAAGGAAGACAAGGUCAGCGGAGAGAAACUAGUCUACAAUGUUGGCGACACUUUGUAG